UUUAAUUUCUAUUUAAAUGCUCUGUUUCUAUCUCUUUGAACCCACCCUCUGUUUUUUCCUAAUCAAAAUCAAUCCAAAUGGCCACAAUAACUGUUUCGCCGGUGCCGGUUUCGCCCCGGGAUGAUGCAAUUCAGUUGUAUAAAGCUUUCAAAGGACUCGGGUGUGAUACCGCGACAGUGAUCGGUAUUCUUGCUCAUCGAGAUGCAACGCAGCGCGCGUAUAUCCGACAAGAGUACCAGACAAUGUAUGCUCAAGACAUCCUUAAACGUUUGGCUUCUGAACUUAGUGGUCACCUGCAGAUUGCAGUUUCAUAUUGGAUGCAUGAUCCAGCAGCAAGGGAUGCUCAUAUAUUGAGAAAAGGAUUGACUAGAAACUUCAUUGAUCUUGAAAGUGUAACCGAAGUCAUAUGCUCUCGAACAUCUUCGCAAUUACAAGCGGUCACGCAAAUAUACCAUUCGACUUUCGGAACUCAUCUUGAAAAUGACAUCAAGCUACAAAUCUUUGGGGAUAACCAAAAGAUGUUGCUCGCUUAUAUAAGCAAACAACGACACGAAGGCAUGGAAGUCGAUAGAGAAAUGGCUGCAAAAGAUGCAAAAGCAUUGUACAAAGCCGGUGAAAAGAGAUUAGGAACCGAUGAGAAGGUCUUCGUGCAAAUUUUUAGCGAAAGAAGUAGAGCACAUUUGGUUGCUAUAAACACAUGUUACCAUGACAUGUAUGAUGGAUCACUCAAAAAGGCUGUAAAGAAGGAAACGUCAGGGUUAUUUAAAACCGCGCUUUUGACAAUCUUACAAUGUGCUGAAAAUCCCGCAAAGUACUUUGCAAAGAUGUUAUAUAAGGCAAUGAAAGGCUUAGGGACCUUUGACACAAGACUUAUAAGGGUGAUUGUGACAAGAGUCGAGAUUGAUAUGCAAUAUAUAAAGGCAGAGUACCGUAAAAAGUACAACAAGAGUUUGAAUGAUGCGGUUCACUCUGAGACGUCUGGUCAUUAUCGGACCUUUCUUCUCUCGCUUCUCGGCCCAAAUCAUUAAGUCGAUAAUGUGUCUUGAAUUGUUAUUGUGUUUGUUUGUGUAAUGUACUUUAUAAGGUUGAAAUGUGUGUUUGAAAACUUGCACACUAGAUUGUUCUUGUUUAUUUUUUAUGUCUUGCCCGUUACAGACGGAUUUAGUGUAA